AUGCUAGUUCACGUGAGGAUGAAAAUUGAUCUAUUUGUGAUUGUACUUAAUAAUCUCUCCCUUGCACAAGCCUCUCAAAAAUAUGUCAUUACUCCUAAAUUUAUUUUGUCUUGGAUUCAAAAAUAUAGAAGACCAACUAAUGAAGUUCCUCCGAAGCUUAUAGCCACAUAUGGAAAUAAUUUCAAGUUUCUUGGUAAAGAAGAAACAACAGAACAGCUUUUGAAUGGAACCUUAAAUAAAAAUGCAGGACCUGGGUACUGGGAAAACUUGGGUAUUAGAAGAAAGUUUGAAUAUGUUGAAAAAAUGUGUAGAAAAGAUGAUGAUGUUGAUUUAAAAGAACUGGUAUAUAAUGCUGUGCUGAUUGAUGCUACAUAUGGGAAUGGUUGUGCUGCUUCUGCAACAGAUAGUAAUAUUGGUGGUGAAACAAUCAUUCCAUAA